AUGCGCUCCAGCUCCAGUCUGCGUGCCUCCCUACACUCCUGUCAGCGCGCCUGCCACAGCUCCAGCCCAUGCAUUCCUCAGGCCGCCCACCUGAGCUCCAGCUCCAGCCCCUCCAGCCUGUGCAUCCCUCAGGCCAUCCGCCUGAGCUCCAGCUCCAGUUCGUGCAUCCUUCAGGCCGUCCGCCUGAGGUUCAGUUACAGCCUGCACAGUCCUCUGGCCGUCGGCCUGAGCUCCUGCUCCAGCCUAAGCAUCCCUCUGGCCGUCCGCCUGAGCUCCAGCUCCAGACCGAGCAGCCCUCUGGCGGUCCGCCGGAGGUCCAGCCUGCUCAGCCGCCAAAGGUCCAGCCUGCUCAGCCGCUGGAGAUUCAGCCUGCCUGUUCUCCAUAGCUCCGGUCUGAGCAUGCCCAUCCGCCAGGGAGGUCCGGUCCCAGUCAGUCUGGCCUCCCAAGUCCCAGCCCUGGUCUGCUCGCCCUCCUGGCUGUCCUCCAGAGAUCUGGUCCCAGUCAGUCCGGCCUCCCAGGUCCCGGCCCUGGCCUGCUCAUCCUCUGGGGCGUCCUCCAAGGAUUCGGUCCAGGUUUUCCCGUCCUCCGGGACGCCCGCCUGCGCGCUGGUUGUGGUUGUCUCAACCUUGUGGUCGUCCUCCAGAACUCCAGCUCCUGUCGUCACAGCCCUCCUGUCGUCCUCCCGGGCCGUCUAG